AAGAAGAAGAAGAAGAAGAAGAAUAGGAGCAGCUGCAGGCAGCAGAAUCGGUUCAAACCAGUCUAGUCCAGAUCAGAUCAGUCUAGUCCAGAUCAGUUCAGAAUGGCGGCCAUGUUGAAACCUCUGAGGAUCCUCCUCUCUCCCUCAAAAUGUCCGCCGAGUCGCAGCUGCUCAGGAUAUGUGGCCAGGAUGAGGUUGAUUAACCAGCUGAAGGAGGACGACUCCUUGUGUGCUAACGCGCUGCAGAACAGCCGCGUCAUCCUGUUCCACCGCCUGGCUCCUCUGCUGCAGCGUACCGAGAGAGGAACCUUCACACCGGCAACAGUCAGCAGCUCAGAUGUGCAGUUGAUUCUGGAGCGACUUGGUCAUGACAGAUGUUUGCUGACGGAGUCUGUUCUGGUCGGCUGUUCUGAACAGAACCAGGCUCAGUUCUGUUUGGAUGUUGGAGAACUGGAUCAGGCAGCAGUAGAAGAUGAGUGCGAAGGGAACUUUGUGGAGCUCAGGAAAUCAUUCUUUCUGCUGACUGCUGCAGAUGUCCCUGUAGUGGCCAAGGGUCAGGCUCUGCUGCGCUGGCAUCAAACCAACAGGUUCUGCAGCGCUACCGGCCAGCCGACCCACCGGAACCAGGCCGGGAGUCAGAGAGUCUGCAGGAGCAGCGGGACCGUCCACUAUCCAACGAUGUCUCCAGUGGUCAUUGUCCUGGUCUCUGAUGGGAAACGCUGUUUGUUGGGGCGACAGUCGUCCUUCCCACGGGGGAUGUACAGUGCUCUGGCUGGUUUCUGUGACAUGGGUGAGUCUGUGGAGGAGACCCUGUGCAGGGAGGUGGCGGAGGAAGUGGGUUUAGAGGUCGACAGCAUCUCCUACAGCUCCUCGCAGCACUGGCCUUUCCCUCACAGCUCCUUUAUGCUGGGCUGCCACGCCUCUGUUAGCUCCGCCCACACUCAGCUGGACGUGGACCACACGGAGCUGGAGGACGCUCGCUGGUUCAGUCUGGAUGAAAUCACCUCCGCCCUCCAAAUGAAGUCUCCGCCCAGGAGAGGUGACCCUCCCGUCGUCUGGCUUCCCCCGAAGCACGCCAUCGCCCACCGCCUUAUCACGGAAUGGAUGGAACGACAGCAGAGCAGCGAGAGAGGAGAGUGACGAGUCCUGAACGAAGGAGAGAUUUCAGAUCCAAAAACGAGCGACAAAGUACUGAGCUCUAAAAACUGAACACCUCCAGCUUUGCAUCAUGGGAACUAUAAUAACAAAACUCAAUGUAUGAUUAACCUAAAUUAACACUGUCUCUAGAUGGAGCUAAUCAGCUAAUUGUUACGAAGCAAGAAGUCGUGUACACAGAGUGAAAACACUGCUGCUAGGCAACGCACUAACUGAUGUUAACUUUACCGUCGAUGUCUAGAAGCUACAGAGGCUAUUGAGUUAGCAUGCUAGCAUGUAACAUAAUGCAGGAAACACAAAGACACGAAGGAAAUCAACAUGACAGGUCAGAGGUCAUGAUCCCUGAAAACAUGGCCACAAAGGCAACUUAAAAGAUGAGGAUUUUAAACAUAAUUAAAAUGAAUAUUCAUGUUAAUUAAGUUGAUAAUGUUUUUAUAAGUUAUCGUCUGUUUGUGACGCCUUUGUAAUAAAAUGUAAAUAAAACAACAUCUACCUCUCUGUUAUAUAAUCUGAUGACUUUGAAUAAAACAUUUUUAAAGUUGUGAAAAA